AUGGCUUCAUUUACAUUGCCUGACUCCAACGUGCGAGUCAACAGCAUAUCUGGCCUUUCUCAAGAUGAUUUGCUUUCGUUCCCUGCAUUCAACAAUUGGAUUUCGACGUUGCGAAAGAGUCUCAACCAACAGAAACGCCCGACCCAUGAAUUCCAUGCGGAUCCAUUUCAGCUCCGGAGCAUAGACAUCCAGUCCAUUGACCGCUUCAGUGGCGGACGGCUGGGUUUUGUGAAGCUGAAAGCCGAUGUCUCAAACAGCCAGGGUGAGAAGUUGCCCGGUAGUAUCUUCUUACGCGGCGGGAGUGUUGGAAUCCUGAUCAUCAUACAACCCGAUGACAUUCCUGUCUCAGAGGAAAGGGGCAAAAAGGCAAUUAUGACCAUCCAACCGCGGAUUCCGGCAGGAACCUUGUCUUUUGCGGAGAUCCCAGCUGGCAUGCUUGAUGACAGUGGCACGUUUGCUGGUGCGGCUGCGAAGGAGAUCGAGGAGGAAACGGGCUUAUUGGUUAAGAGUGACGAGCUAACAGACAUGACAUUGCUAGCUUCAGAGUUAGCUGGAGAGCCUCGUGCAGCCCAUGAGUCAAAAGAAGAGCCGCAUGGUGGGGAAGUUCUGCAGAAAGCUGUCUAUUCCUCGGCUGGUGGGAGUGAUGAGUUUAUCCCUUUACUCCUGUGUCAGAAGCGUAUGCCGCGGAAGGAGAUAGAGCAGCUCCAGGGAAAGCUGACGGGGCUGAGGGACCACGGGGAGAAGAUCACAUUGAAGGUCAUUCCUUUGGAGAAUCUAUGGAAGGAUGGGCUGAGAGAUGGAAAGUCUUUGGCAGCCUGGGCACUUUACCAAGGGCUACGCCAAGAAGGAAAGAUCUAA